GCCACAUAGCACUCCACAAACAGUGUCUGAUUACUUCCUUCCUUCCUUCCCGGCAAUCUCGCAAAAAGCUGGCGACGCAAAGUUAAUUUUAGGGCUUCAUUCUCUCGCUUCCGAUCAAAUCUCACCCCUCAAAAUUCGAUCGUGGACUCUGUUCAACAUCUUCUCUGUAUAUUAUUCAAGCUCGUAUCAUGAACUGCGAAGUUUGUCAACUCAAAGAAUUGGAAUUGGAGCACUUCGAGAUUAGCGAAGUUCUGCGAUGUAUUCUGCACACAAUAUUGUUCCAUAGGGCUCUAGGCCUUGUCCGGCCCAAAGACAUUGAUUUGGAACUAUUUGAAAUUACAUAUGUGCAAUGUGGUGAUGUGGAACUUGAAAAGAAAAUUGAUGAGAAGAUUGGCCAGUUCAUCGAUAGAGUGGAGAAACACCCGAGCAAGAAAAAUCAGAUAUGUUUAUCUUUCUAUGAAAUGAAAAACAAACAGGCCACAUGGUUCAGUAACAAAGUUGAGCGCUUAUACUGGGAACAGUGGUUUAUAAAUUUGAACGUGGUGCAACAUUCAAAAGCACAUUCUGGAAAAUCUCAUCAUUCCAAAUUUGUAGUAGACCCGGGAGAGAGUGCUCUGGAUGAGAGAAGUCAUCGGAGGGCAGCACUUGAAGCAUCUCUUCAUGAGGUUUUAUUUCAGAUAAUAAAAUUUGUGAAUAGGAAAAAAGAUCACAUUCCACCCAUACCGAAUCUUGAAGGUGUCUCCUUUCCCUAUGAAAUUACUGUCUCAAGUUCAUCAGAUUCCGCAUUUGGGAUGGACAUGUUUAAGAGGAUGCUUCAGACUGGACAUCCUACCAUGCUCAGCUGAUAUUUAAAGCUCUCAGGAUAAAUUGCCUUUUCUUAUCUCAUCCUGAGGUAAAAAAAGAUUUGGUUUCUUUAAUGUUAUGACAUCUCAUGUGUAUAUAUAUAUGGAUGGUAGCUUUAUAACCCUGAAUAGAGAUUAUAUCAACUGAGAUGAGCAGAAAUAGAUUCUUCUGUAAAAGAGGUGGUUUGUGUGUACAUAAUAAAUUGUUCUAUCUUUUAAUAUAUUUUCUUUUUCUGUUUCCUUCCUCAA